AUGGACCUUGAUGGAAGCAAGCGUGUGUUUCAGAGGUUAGGUCCUGCGGCGGUCACGGCGUCGUCAUCUGGCAGGGAUAAGGAUAACAAACAGCAAAAGGUUUGCUUUUUGUGGAGAGACGGUAGGUGCGAUAGGUUUCCAUGCCCGUACUUACACCGGGAAUUACCGCCGCCGCCGCCCCAUCAGUCAGUGGGCAAUGGGAUGGGAUCAUCUAAACGCAACUCUGGGUUCUCCCGAGACGACCAUUAUGUCGGUGGUGGCGGGAUGCGGAGGAAUUCUAAUUUUAAUAACAAAUGGGGUAGGCAACAACAGCAACAUAGCCAUGGCAGCAACAAUAGAGGAGUUGGGAAAAAGACUGAUAAAUUAUGUAGUUAUUGGGCACAAGGGAAAUGUACCCAUGGGGAUAAAUGUUGGUACCUCCAUUCUUGGUCUACCGGCUCCUUUUCUUUGUUAACACAACUUGAAGGACACGAAAAGGUUGUCACUGGGAUUGCUUUACCAUCUGGUUCUGAUAAGCUCUAUUCGUGCAGUAAAGAUGCCACUGUCAGACUUUGGGACUGCCAGUCAGGACAGUGUGCAGGUGCUUUCAACGUGGGUGGUGAAGUAGGCUGCAUGCUUAGUGAAGGUCCCUGGCUUUUUGUGGGUUUAACAAACUUAGUCAAGGCAUGGAACACCCAAACAAAUAGUGAAUUGAGUUUAGAUGGCCCUGUUGGACAAGUUUAUGCCCUUGUUGUGGGUAGUGACUUUUUGUUUGCCGGUAUACAGGACGGAUCAAUUUUAGCAUGGAAAUUUAAUGUAGCUACCAACAGCUUUGUACCUGCUGCAUCACUCUCAGGACACACCUCUGCCGUCGUUACGCUGGUGGUCGGAGCUAACAGAUUAUACUCUGGUUCAAUGGACAAAACAAUAAGAGUGUGGAGCCUUGAAUCAUUACAGUGUCUACAAACGUUGACAGGCCAUUCUGAUAUUGUGAUGUCUGUUCUUUGUUGGGAUCAAUUUCUUUUAUCAUGUUCAUUGGAUCAAACUGUAAAGGUUUGGGUUGCUACUGAGAGUGGAAACCUGGAAGUAACAUACACUCACAACGAGGAAACUGGUUUGCUCACUCUCUGCGGGAUGCAUGAUUUGGAAUCCAAGCCUGUCUUGCUCUGCUCUUGCAACGACAACAUAAUUCGUGUUUAUGAUUUGCCAUCUUUUUCUGAAAGAGGAAAGAUAUACGCAACACAAGAGGUUCGAUCAAUUCAAGUUGGACCUGGCGGUUUGUUUUUCACUGGGGACGGGGCUGGUCAAGUGAAAGUGUGGAGUUGGACUACUGAAUCGAUUGCUACAAGCUGA